AAAAGAGACUGGAUUCUGUAUAUGAAUGUAUGUACGCAUAGGAGCUCUCCAGCAACAUAUUCUCUGUCUUGCUUGCUUGGGCACCACGAGAAACGCUCCCUCAAGGCCUCAAACUCCACGCUCUCUCUCCCGUACUUUCUCUCCUCCACCGCUAAACAACUCUUUCUCCACCGACCUCCAACCCUCACCUCGUCCAUGGCCGCCGACGAACCACUCGCACCUUCGUCCCAACCCUCUUCUCCUCCUCCGUCCCCAAACGCGCCCCCGCUGGGCUCCUCUGUGAUCCCAAUUUCUAACAAGCUCCAGGACAUAUUCGCCCAGCUCGGCAGCCGGUCGACGAUGGAGCUUCCCCAGGUGGCGGUCGUCGGGAGCCAGAGCAGCGGCAAGUCGAGCGUCCUCGAGUCCCUCGUCGGCCGCGAUUUCCUGCCCAGGGGCUCGGAUAUCUGCACGCGGCGGCCGCUGGUGCUUCAGCUGUUGCAGACCAACCGGAAUUAUUCCGGUGGAUCGGUGGAGGAGUACGGGGAGUUUUUGCACUUGCCUGGGAAGAGGUUUUACGAUUUCGCUGAGAUUCGCAAGGAAAUUCAGGCUGAGACUGAGAGGGAAGCAGGAGGGAACAAGGGUGUUUCUGACAAGCAGAUUCGUUUGAAGAUUUAUUCACCAAACGUUCUUGACAUCACACUUGUGGAUUUGCCUGGUAUAACAAAGGUUCCUGUUGGUGACCAACCUUCUGACAUUGAAGCAAGGAUUAGAACAAUGAUAAUGUCAUAUAUUAAACUCCCAAGCUGCUUGAUAUUAGCUGUUACACCAGCAAAUGCUGAUUUAGCAAAUUCAGAUGCUCUCCAGAUCGCUGGAAAUGCUGAUCCUGAUGGUCAUAGAACAAUUGGUGUAAUCACAAAGUUGGACAUUAUGGAUAGAGGUACAAAUGCUCGCAAUUUUUUGCUUGGAAAAGUUAUUCCUCUUCGGCUUGGUUACGUGGGCGUUGUGAAUCGCAGUCAAGAGGACAUUAUGCUUAACCGGAGUAUCAAGGAUGCCCUUGUGGCUGAGGAAAAGUUCUUUCGGAGUCACCCAGUGUAUAGCGACAUUGCGGACCGCUGUGGCAUCCCCCAGUUGGCAAAGACGCUGAACCAGAUUCUCGUUCAACACAUCAAGGCAAUACUUCCAGGGCUGAAAUCACGCAUAAGUGCUGCACUGGUUUCUGUCGCAAAGGAGCACACUAGCUACGGAGAAAUCACUGAAUCAAAGGCUGGUCAGGGAGCUCUUCUUCUGAACAUUUUGUCAAAGUACUCCGAAGCACUUUCGUCAAUGAUAGAGGGGAAAAGUAAAGAAAUGUCAACAUCUGAGCUUUCUGGUGGUGCAAGGAUCCAUUACAUUUUCCAGUCAAUAUAUGUGAAGAGUUUGGAGGAAGUAGAUCCAUGUGAGGGUUUGACUGAUGAUGAUAUACGUACUGCAAUUCAGAAUGCAACUGGGCCUAAAUGCGCAUUAUUUGUACCAGUGGUUCCAUUUGAAGUUCUUGUGCGAAAGCAAAUAGCUCGUCUAUUAGAUCCAAGCCUCCAAUGUGCUAGGUUUAUCUAUGAUGAGUUAAUUAAGAUGAGCCAUCUCUGUAUGGUCAAUGAAAGACAGAGGUUCCCUGUUUUGAGAAAGCGCAUGGAUGAUGUCGUUGGGAACUUUUUACGAGAUGGCCUUCAACCUUCACAAACAAUGAUUGGGCACCUUAUUGAAAUGGAGAUGGACUACAUCAAUACUUCACAUCCAAAAUUUGUUGGUGGGAAUAAAGCUAUGGAGAUAGCUUUGCAACAGAUCAAGUCCAAUAGUGUAGCUGCAUCCACGAGCCAGAAGGAUGCGGAUCCAGAAAAGGUACCAACAACUGAAAGAAGUCUUAAAUCUCGUGCUUUUCUUUCCAGAUCUGGAAAUGGAAUUGUCCCUGAGCAGGGAGCUCGGCCUGUUUUACAUGUUGAGAGAACCACAUCAUCUGCCAACACAAAUGGGUCAAGUUGGGGUUUUUCAUCUAUUUUUGGUGGUACCGAAGGUCGGGUGUCUAUGAAAGAGAACUCAACAAACAUGUCAUUCAGUGAACCUGUUCAGAGCUUCGAGCAUGCUGUCUCUAUGAUUCAUUUGAGAGAGCCGCCAACCAUCUUGAGAUCGUCAGAAACCCAUUCAGAUCAUGAGGGUAUGGAAAUAGCAGUCACUAAACUGCUGUUGAAGUCAUACUAUGACAUUGUUAGAAAGAACAUAGAGGAUUCUGUUCCCAAAGCAAUUAUGCACUUCCUGGUAAACCAUACAAAAAGAGAGCUGCACAAUGUCUUCAUUAAAAAACUCUACAGAGACAACCUGUUUGAAGAGAUGUUGCAAGAACCUGAUGAGGUGGCAAUGAAGAGAAAGCACACAAGGGAGACACUCCGUGUUCUUCAGCAGGCUUUCCGGACAUUGGAUGAAUUGCCACUUGAAGCCGAGACAGUUGAGAGGGGCUAUAGCCUGAGUACUGAUCCAACUGGCUUGCCAAAAUCAUCUUGGUAUUCCACAAGCAGAGGUUCAACUGAAACCUACACAACUAUUCCUGAAAACCACAAGUCUCAUAAGUCAUCUGACUCUGGGGAGCUAUGCUCGCCUUUUUAUCCUAAUGCAGAUUCCAAUGGCAUUGGACACAAUUCCAAUCUGGGACUUUAACCGUACUGUUGAUCCUUAAACCAUUUGAAGGAAUGCGAGGGAUGCACUUUGCUUUUCAUCCUCGACAUUCUUGCUAGACAUACAGAGACAUUCGUUCUGGGCCAACUCAAUCAGAGUCCUUUGUAAUCCCUCCUCAAAUCCAUGAUACAAACACAGCCCAAGAGAGCUGCAAGUCAGAUGUUCAAGAUUGCCUUGGCCAGCAUGUUCGUCGCUUAUGAUCUGGUUGGAAAUAUUGUUGGUUACAAGUGCUGCGAUAUUUCAUCUUAUAGAGCUCCAAGAGGUAUAAAGGGAGCAGUGGAAACCAUCCUAUAUCCCAUUCUUAGAGCUUAGUUUCUCGAGGUUCAUAGUUUGGGGAGUGACAGCAGGUUUUCGUUUUUGUUGCUGAAUUUCCUGUUGUUGCUAUUUAGAGGAUAGAAAUGAAUCAGAACUUCUAUUAUUAGCUGGUGAAGGUUAGGGUAUAUUAUGCUAUCGAGUUUAGGUAGUUCUCCAAUUGAUAACAAUCUUUCAUGAUUAUUUUUGCCAUCAUUUUCUACCAUUGGGCUGAAGGAACUCUGCAAAUGGAAGAAGUCGAUUAGGUAUAUUGAGAUCUCUACAAAUAGUUUUGGGGAAUCUCAUAUUGUAAUCUUUAUUUGGUAUAUUCUGCACUCUCCUUUUUUAUGAAUUCACUCCAUUUCCUUUCUUUAAUUAAAUUCCAAAAAAUGGCAAAAAGACAGGAAAAUGGAGUGCAUUCAAUAAAACAUGAAGUGUGAAUAAUUUCCUUUACUGGAUUAUAUUUUAGUUCCGUAGGGUUGGGCCAGCACGAUAAAGAUCAUGUUGUAUUGUGCAAUGAGCAUUGCUAGGAAUACAACUUUAGCGUACAGAUUCAGAUAGAA